AUGUCUAGCAAAAGUUCCAAUGAAUUCUCGGACGAGCCUUCAGGUGACGACCUUGCUGUCAUUGACCUAUGCCGGAAGUGCCGUGGGAUUGCAGCAGAACUGCUCACUCGGUUGAACAGAGUAAAGGUAAGAGAAGGAUCCACUCACAGGAACUGGCAGAGCUUCAAAACGGCGCUUCGAGCAACUUGGGGUCGUGAGGAAAUGGACACCUUGGCAAAUCAAUUGUCUGAAAUCCGCUCAGAGAUUGAAUUUAGAGUGCUCUUGAACUUUAGGGAGACCAUAAAGAGCGUUGCUACCCGUCAAGCCCAAACCUCCCAUCAAUUGACCGAAUCCACUCAAUCAAUAAUAAAUACCUUUCUCAGUGUUCGAGACGAAUUUGCUACCGAGUUACAAAGACAAGCAGGACUACUGGCACGACUUCAAGGGGAUAAGAGCGAAGUGAGGUUGGCAAAACAUGGCACGCUACAGACCUUGGACUAUCAAGACAAUGAAGGAGAGGAGAACGCUCUCAUACGUGGACGAAAUUCUGCUACAGAAACGUUAGUCCAGGAGCAAAUGACUUUGAUCAUUGUCGAGAACUCCAUCCUUGCGAAUUUGGAUUUCGCAACUAUCAGAGAUCGUCACGAAGACCUUGAAAUUGCCCACAAUCAAACCUUUGAAUGGGUGUUCAAGGAUGCCUCGAUCAAAGAUCGAGGAUGGAGUAAUUUUGUUGAGUGGUUACGACACGACAAUGGACUAUAUUGGGUGUCAGGUAAAGCUGGUAGCGGUAAAUCGACCUUGAUGAAAUACAUUUACAACCAUCGUCAGACAAGACUUGAACUUGCACAAUGGGCGGGCUUUUCGCCAUUUGAUAUCACAGGUUUCUUUUUCUGGAACAGCGGUAGUGAAGAACAGCGAUCCCAGCGUGGACUUCUACGAACCCUCCUCUUCGAGACUCUACAAACCCAUCGGGAGCUUAUUCCCAAGGUAUUCCCUACCGCUUGGGCGGCGUGGUCAGCGAAGGUCAAAACAGCUUUGAAAUUUGGUACGGGAUCCGCCAAAGCUUCAUUAAUAGUGCCAGAGAUGAAGGUCUGGAGUUUGUCGCAACUAAAACGUGCCUUUCGCAAUCUCGUCGACCAUUGCCGGCAAAACAGCAUUAAGCUUUGCUUCAUCAUUGAUGGUCUGGACGAAUACGAUGGCGACCACGAUGAGAUUGCAGAUUAUUUCACAGGUUUUUCGAACGAACCUAAUAUGAAAAUGUGCAUUUCAAGUCGUCCUUUGGUUGUUUUUGAAGAGGCCUUUGACAAAUUCCCAGGCCUCAAACUGCAGAACCUGACCCACGGAGAUAUAAGCCAAUAUGUUGAAGAUAACCUAGCAAAUCACCGGCAUAUGGCAGCCCUGACAUCUAAAAGCCCAGACCAAGCGGUACGUCUCGUUGGCGAAAUUGUCAACAAAGCUGAUGGAGUUUUCCUGUGGGUCAAAUUGGUUGUCAAAUCGCUUCUCCAGGGCCUUCGUGAUCGAAACAGAAUUUCUGAUCUUCAGAAACGUCUGCGACAUCUCCCUGCAGAUCUGGAGGCAUUGUAUGAGCACAUGCUCGAAAAAAUGGAUCCAUUCUACCUAGAACAGGCAUCGCAAAUAUUCCAAAUAGUUUUGAUUGCCCAGAAAGAAUCAGUCAAUCACCAAAUCACAUUACUUCAGCUUUCAUGGGCAGAAGAAGAGGACGAGUCGUUUGCUAUGAACGCCACAAUGCGACCACUGUCCGAGGAUGAGAUUAUCGCUCGCUGUAAACUUAUGGAUACCCGGCUCAAAAGUGUAUGUUCUGGACUUCUCGAAUCAUAUGAUUCGAAAUACAGCAAUACCGCGCCAGACGCACGAGUCGUGUGUCUUCAUCGUACCGUUUCUGAUUUCUUCAAGAAGCCUACGGUGUGGCAGAAUAUUACCAGGCAUACCAAGGAUAGUGAUUUUAGCCCUCAUAUGUGUUUACUGCGCUCUUGCGUUUUGCAGCUCAAAGCGUUCAAAGGAAAUCACCAGACACCCCUGGACAUGUCAAUUCUCAGAAAUGCUCUCCGAUUCGCUCAACAAGCAGAAGCCGACCUUGGAACUGGAUUUCCUGUGUUAUUGGAUCAACUGGAUGCUGCGGCAACUUAUCAGUGGAGAGUUUGUGACGGUAGAAGCACGAAUGCAGUUCUUGAUCAUCAUAGAGAAAGCAUACAGUCCAGGAAGCCUAGGACUUCCGGAAUUAGACAGUCGCACUUUACUUCUGAGCUUCUGGCGGAGUCCGAAAACGAGUCUGACCACUAUUUCGAUUGUCGGUCGAGUAAUGAAAUGUCUCGAGAAUACAAAUACCAGGAUACUUCGGAAAAAGUAGACCGCAGUACAGCGCCGCCUAGUAAGGAUAUCCUACAGCCUGCUUCCUCACAGCCGACAAAAGCUAGUCAUCGGAUCGAGAUCGCACUCAGAAGUCGAGACAUGCCCAAUUUUGAAAAAUUCGAAGAAGAAACUCGAGUGUUGAGGCACUGGACCUACGGAAUCCAACUACCAGAAGUGCGAUCUUACCGUCGUGGAAUUCCCUUUUAUGACCUCGCCAAAGCACUAGGCUUGAACCACUACAUAGCUCAUAAAGAUCAAACUGGAGUGAUGGUCGAUCACGAUGUCAACCAUCAUAUGUUGAUGCACAACGUAACUAUUUAUUCUCGGCCAAGAGGUUUUGGCGAAUCUCAAGUGCCUGAUCUGGCUAUUGUGGAAAGAACUCUGACAGCAGGUGCGGAUCCGAAUUUCGCAUACGAAGGAUCUUCGCCUUGGGAAGAGGUCUUGACUGGGUUUCUGUCACAUAUUUCGAGAUAUGAGUUUGAUGAGGAGCUUUGGGAUCAGAAUACCUUUAGAGGGCGGCAAUGGAUGACAGAUGCUAGGAAGUGGUGUGCGAUUAUGAAGGUGUUCCUUGACCACGGAGCCGACUGUGCGGCAUUGAGUAAACUGCAUUAUGGCCAGCAACGAAGAAGGCCGUUGGCGAUUGUGCAUAAGAUGCCUCCUUCUCUUGCAAGCGAGUCGAGGGAGCUGGUCUCUAUGAUUCACUCGAGUCUGAAUAUCCCUGCCCCGGAGAAGCAUUCACCUGACCAGAGUGGUGUGCCGAGUCCUGAAAAUACAGAGCCGAAGAGUGCAGUUAAGGUCCAGACGAGCGAGAGAGCAGCCGGUGGUCUUGCCACUUAUAGCUGGGUCGUCUCCUGGCUAUCUGGUCGUAAAUCGGGGUGA